UUCCAUUAAUUUAUUUUCUCUCACUUUGGAGUGGAAAGAAGUGGAGUUUCAGCUUGCUGUCUGGGACUAAAAGUGGGAGUCUCUCUGGAGGAGGGGAUGUCAGGGAAGGUGUGCAGCAAUAACAGUGUGAUGCAGGCACGGAGGACUGUGGAACAACUACGAGUGGAGGCAAGCAUGGAGAGGAUCAAGAUCUCCACAGCAGCUGCCCAGCUGGUGCAGUACUGUCAGGAGCACAGUCGCAGUGACCCCCUCCUCACCGGCAUCUCUGCCUCCUCUAACCCCUUCAAAGACAAGAAGACCUGUGUCCUGCUGUAGAAAGGCUGCCUCAGGACACUGCUCUCUGGUGCUGCAUUCAACAGUGCUUCAUCAUCAACAACAGUGAAACAUUUUGAU